AUUUGGUAAAUACAACUUUAUGACAUAUUUAUUCCUGUCUUAUGAUUGUUGUUACUAUGAAUAUUUAAGAUUAUAUUACAAACUGCAACACACAACCUUGCGAUGACUACUUUGGCCACACCGGAUAUGGCUGCAUAUUGCUUCGACGUUAUUUUGGCGAAAUUAAAAAACACCAACACCCCACAAUGCCCCUCAAGCAUCCCUAAUACUUCAUCACCUAUUUUUGUGACUUAUAAAGUUCUUCCUAACGAUGAUCUAAGAGGUUGCAUUGGAAGUUUCAUGUCACUACCGCUGCAUGAACAGUUAAGGAACCUUGCAUCGGCUGCUGCAUUCGAGGACAGUCGAUUCCCACCUAUUGAUAUAAAUGAGUUACCUCAACUUUUGUGUACCGUUAGUCUUUUGCACAGCUUCGAGUCGUGUUCAAAAUGGGAUGAUUGGAUUAUUGGUACUCAUGGAAUUAUCAUAACAUACAAACAACGUAGUUCCACAUAUUUGCCCUCAGUUGCCGUCGAGCAGGGGUUUGAUCAUCUACAAACUGUUAAAGGACUUCUUGCUAAAGGUGGUUACCAUGGCCCUAUAGAUGGGAAAGUUCUUUCUUCAAUACAGAUGAAUCGUUACCAAGUAUCUUCUACAAGCAUAAAAUUUAAGGAAAAACAAUUGUUGAAAGCGUAACUUAGCUUAUUUCGCUUUUCUUCUUAUUAAAGGAGUACUUGUUUAUUCUUUUACAAAGUUCUAUAUUAUAGUUAACUCGUGCUUUUUUCUUCCGACGUACUUUUUCCCUAUACGAGACAGGAUUUAAAUGUGUGAAUUUAUAUUAGAAAUAUAUAUAUUUAUAUGUUUAGAGGAGUGAUCUUAUUUUUUCAUUCCAGAAAGGUAUUAUUUAGAAUAUAUAUUUUAUUGUUUAUUAUGCCACCUUCUUUAGCGAAAAAAAAAGUUUAAUAAUUUUAUCACUUAUCGAGAAAGCACGGAUGAUAUGAAAUGCAACAUCGAUUUUGAUAUCGAUGAGAAGGAGAAGGAGACUCAUUGUUUAAGACACAAACAGUGUUCUAUUUGUUUUCUCAUAGAUACUUCAUUUUAACCGUUGUUAGAACUUCUUUCUUCCGUUUCUCUUCUGUGAAUGUAUGCCUCAUUUU